AUGUUGGUCCUCGUGAUUGGCGACCUGCACAUUCCCUUCCGCGCACACGAUCUACCCGCCAAGUUCAAGAAGCUUCUGGUACCAGGCAAGAUUCAACAGAUCAUUUGCACUGGCAACGUCUGCAAUACCGACUACCUCCACUAUCUACGAACCAUCGCAGGAGACGUCCACCUUGUCAAGGGCGACUACGAUGAUAACCCUCACUUCCCUUCCAGCUUGAUCCUCAACCACCCGCCACUUCGCAUUGGCGUACUGCACGGACACCAAGUCGUUCCUGCUGGUGACACACAAUCUCUGGCCGCUGUCGCGAGGGCCAUGGAUGUCGAUAUUCUUCUGACGGGACAUACACACCGAUUUGAGGCAUUCGAGCUGGAAGGUCGCUUCUUCGUCAACCCAGGUAGUGCUACAGGUGCAUGGCAUCCAACAUGGCCACUCAGAGAUCCCGCCUCUGUAGCUGCGCUAGCAGAGAAGGCGGCUGCGAAAGCAAAACAAGAGGCUGCUACAGCGGAAAAGAAGCAAGAAAAGAAGGCAGAAGACACAAAGGCAGAGAAGAACGCCAAGACAACCGACACAAAGAAAGCGGACAAUGCUACCAAGGACAACUUAUCCGACUCAAAGGACGCCAGCAAGGAUCGCCAACAGAACAAGGCCGCGCAAGACGGUGGGGACGAGGAGGAAGCAAAGCAGGCUCCAGGGCCUGUGCCAAGUUUUGCGCUGCUGGACAUCCAAGGCGCUGUUGUUGUCACGUACGUCUACCAGCUCAUCGACGGAGACGUCAAAGUUGAGAAGAUCGAAUACCGAAAGAACGUUGACAGCAACGCAUUAGCACAACAGCGGGGUGCAGCUGGAGCCACUGCUACUGUUGGCGCUGCCGGUGCAGGCUACGGCCAGUAUGGCGGUCGAUAA